CAGUUAUCAACAGGAGCAAAUUCAAGUCAGGUGGUUCCCAGGAGCAGCUGUCCAUGAGUGGUUUUCAGACAUGAUGGCCGACCAGCCACCUCCACUAGAAGCUACACCCAUACUGAAUGAAGUGCCACUUCUACCUCACAUGGUUAAUGGGGACAGCAUACAGCAGGUUAUUCUUGUGCAGGUGAACCCAGGUGAAACAUUUACCAUUACAACUGAAGAUGGACACAUCCAGUGUAUUCAAGGUCCAGCACAUGUUCCUAUGAUGUCACCAAAUGGUUCUAUGCCACCUAUAUUUGUGCCUCCUGGUUAUGUAUCUCAGGUGGUGGAAGAAAACGGAGUUCGGAAAGUGGUGGUGCUGCCCCACUCGGCUGAAUUCCAUCCCUCUAUGCAUCCUCCUCCUCCUCCUCCCCAUGUGCCACAUUACAUGCAUCACCACCAUGCUUUGCUUCCCCACCCACCUCACCCAGUGUACCCUCCAGUUCCUGGGACAGGAGAGCUGCCCCCACAGUUCAUUCACCAGCAUCCACCACCACACGUGUUUCAAGAGCAAGAACCUCGUUCUCAUGGAAGAACAACCUUCAUUCAGCGAGACGAAAGGAGUCUUAAAAUGCAGGAGCACCUGAAGAAGAGGCUAAAAGACAGACAAGCCAGUGGUCACACUAACAAUAAACUCAACAGCCCUCCAGCUUCACCACAUAAAGUUGUGAAUGCUUCCAAUGCAACAGUUCAGAAUGGGAAUGGAAAGGGACAGCAAGGGGCAGGAGGACCACUAAAGCAGAAGCAGGUUGGAAAAACAAAGGGCAGUCCAGACACAGAGAUGGGAGACUCUGACAUAGAAUCCAAGAAAUGUGAUACUCACUUGAGCAUUGGCAAGCCAGUCGUUUCUGAGAUACAAGCAAGAUCAGCCGUUCUGUCCUGGAAUCUCCCAGUUAGUUCACAGAAUGGAGAGAGCCAUAGUCAUAGUCCAGCAGCAUUUACAUUUGAAGUAGCAAUAUCCAACAGUGGUAAAAAUGGAAAAUUUAAGUCUGUCUAUGUUGGGGAGGAGUUGACAAUUACACUGCCUGAUCUCAGACCAGCAACUGAUUACCAUGCCAGAGUUUCAGCAACCAGCAGUUCCAUCAAAGAAUCCAUUUCGGAGCUGGUGAGUUUCACUACAGAGAGCUGUGAGCCAGACUGCCCAGCUGCCCCCAAGCUGAUUAACAGAACCAAGAACAGCCUCAGCUUGCAGUGGAAGUCCUCAAAUGACAAUGGUUCCAAAAUAACCAAUUUUCUUUUAGAAUGGGAUGAGGGCAAGAGCGGACCCUUCAAAGAAUGCUACUACGGACACCUGAAGCAGUACAAACUCACCAAACUCUCUCCUUCCACAAAGUAUUCACUCAGAUUAGCUGCUAAAAAUGAUAUUGGAAUGAGCGGGUUCAGCGAGCCGGUGACGUACUACACAGCAGGGAUUGUCCCUCCAGCCCCCUCACCCCCCGUGCUCCUUGAAGCAGGAGUGACCUGGCUGGCAUUGAAGUGGAGCCCACCAAGCGGGGUGGCCAUGGAUGACUCUCUCACUUACAGUUUAGACAUGGAAGAAGAAGGUUCUGGCUACGGUUUCCAGCCGCAGUACAACGGAGAUGAGCUCUCGUGCACUUUAAGGAAUCUGAGGAGGAGCACAUCCUACAAGUUCAGGCUCUUUGCCUACAACAGUGAAGGAAAAAGCAGCCCUAGUGAGGUGGUAGAACACAGCACCAACCCUGACAAGCCUGGACCACCGAGUAAACCAGCUGUAAAGGGCAAGAUCCACUCGCACAGCGUGAAGGUUAUGUGGGAGCCACCCAAAGAUAAUGGAGGAGCAGACAUCACUAAAUACUUCUUGGAACUCUCAGACACAUCAGUUGGAGGUAAAUGGGAGCCUGUCUACAGUGGUUCCCAGAGAGAGCAUGUGUGUGAUCACCUCAAGCCUGGCACUUCAUACAGACUGAGAGUUUACUGUGUCAGCAAAGGUGGGGAAAGCCAGGCUUCUGAUGUUGCUACUGUUACCACAUCAGCUGUUCCUCCUGGCCCAUGUCAUGCUCCAUGCCUGGUGGGCAAAGCUAAGCCUAAGGAAAUCACUUUGCAGUGGGGCCCACCAUCUGCAGAUGGAGGCUCUGGCAUUACAGAAUACAUCCUAGAGAUGGCAAACUCCGAGCAGGAGGAGCGCAGGCAAGUGUAUCAGGGCCCAGCAGCUGAACAUCUGGUGAGCAAUCUGCUUCCAGGGAGGACUUACUGCUUCUGGAUCCGAGCAGCCAAUAAAGUGGGGUUUGGCCCCCACUCAGACAAAGCAGAGGUCUCAACUGCCCCAGGACCCCCUGAUCAAUGCUGUAAACCCCUGAUAACUUGUAAAAGUGCAACUUGUGCUGUGGUUUCCUGGGAGAGCCCUGCCUGCAAUGGUGCAGACAUCAGUGAGUACAGAGUGGACUGGGGGCAGAUGGAAGGAUCGAUGCACAUCAUUUACACCGGCCCUGGCCACAGCUAUGAAAUGAAAGGUCUCACACCUGCAACCACCUAUUACUGCAGAGUCCAGGCUGUGAACGUGGCUGGAGCGGGGUUGUUCGGCGAGACUGCUGUGGUGACCACCCCUGCCUCAGUGCCUGCAGCAGUGUCAGUGCUGCACUUGCUUGAGGAAGAUCAAGUGGAGAUUCCUUUUCCUUUAUCCACGUGCCUUGCAAUCCAGUGGGAAGAACCAAGCUGUCAUGGGUCAGAGAUCACUGGCUACAAUAUAGAGUAUGGGGAGAAGCAGCUAGUAGCUGUUGGAAGAAGUACCAGCCACGUGCUCGAGAACCUGCUGCCUGACACCCUGUACAGGAUCAGAAUACAGGCCAUGAACAGCUUGGGAGUUGGGCCUUUCAGUCAUUCCAUUAAAGCCAAAACAAAACCACUACCUCCUGACCCUCCUCAUCUUGAAUGUGUGGUCUUCAGCUACCAGAGCCUUAAACUUAAAUGGGGUGAAGGUCCAAGCAGAGCUUUAAUUACCAACCCUACACAAUUCAACCUGCAGAUGGAGGACAGGUUUGGCAGGUUUGUGACCGUCUAUAGUGGUCCCUGCCACACGUACAAGGUCCAGCGCCUCAGUGAAUCCACCACCUACUAUUUCAAAAUCCAGGCCUACAACGAUGCUGGAGAGGGAGCAUUUUCUGAAGUUUAUGCUUUCACUACAACCAAGUCUCCACCUGCACCUCUUAAAGCACCCAAAGCAACUCAGCUGGAAGAAAACACUUAUGAGAUCACAUGGGAACCUCUACAGCCCAUGAAAGGAGAUUCCAUUGUUUACAUCCUUCAGCUUUCUGCUGGGAGAGAGUUUGAUCAGGUGUACAAGGGACCGGAGACCUCCUUCCGCCUGCCGAGCUUGCAGACAAACUGUGAAUACCGCGUCCGGGUCUGCGCCGGCCGCCAGGCCCAGGACUGCGGCGGGGCGCAGGAGCUGUACGGCCCUUACAGCCCCAGCACGGUGUUCUCAUCUCAGAGGCAGGAGGCGGCGCCGGCCUGCGCCGACGCGGCGCCGGAGCCGGGCGAGGGCAAGCAGAGCCUGCGCGAGGAGCGCCUCAUCGCCGUGGUGCUGCUCUGCGGCUUCGCCGUGGUGGCCAUUCUGUUCGCCGUCGUCAUCCAGUACUUCGUCAUCAAGUAGAGGAGAGCCCUGCUGGGCGCUCGGCUCUCUGGGCAGGAGCCAUCUCGGGUAUUUAUGGUUAGUCCCAAUGAGAAUCCUCGCCGGGGAUGCCUCCUCCGGUGCGUCUCCGCUCGUGCUGCUGCCUGACGGCGAGGCUGGGUCGGCGAGAUCCUUGCCCAAUACCGAGCAGAGAUUUCUUGUAGAAAGGGUAAUGAAUCCUGGGUCCUCUCUAAUCAGGGUUAGCUGUUAACGGGACAGCGCGACAAACUGCCUUACGGCGCGCGCGGGGCUGCGCACGCCCCCUUCCUCUCUCCCAGUUCGAAGUGGGGCCCUCGGGGCCGGGGUGGGGGGGGAGAGAAGGCAUUGACCAGAGCGAGUCCCUUUUCCAGUCCAGCCAGAGCAGUGGUUUAAUCAGGUCUCGUUGUAGUUUGGUGUAGACGAAAUACAGCGGCACAGAUGCUUCAGCUUAGAGCAUUCCUAGAGCAUUCCAGGUUUAAUAUACUGUAGAGGGCCUGCAGAGCAUUGGCGUAGCGCUAGCACCGCUUCACUUAUUCUAAUCUUCUGGAUCCGGUAAUCAGCAGUUCAGGUGUUGGGAGCCGAGGGUGCCCAGCCUGCCGAGAGCCUCCGCCGAGGCCCUGGACGGCAGGAGGUGACGCAGCUACAGCGCAGGUGCUGCUGCAGAAGGGGCCCCUGCGGCCCCGCAGGCUCCGGAGCAGAAAGGCUUUCUGCUGCCGGGGAGCAGCUCUUGGCCCAAUCCACAUUUCACUCUCAGUGCCUGAGAGGAAAGUAAUUUCCUGUGCUGCCCAGGGAGAUCUCCGCAGCGCUUGCAGCAGAGCACAGGGAUUGUCUUUAAGGAGAACGAGUGCAUUUAUGAUAAAUGUGACACUAUUUGGCUCAAACUGAGCAAACCUUU